AUGGACCUCAUCAGUGAAGACUGGGUGCAAGACCAUGUGCAAGAGUUCAAGAGCAUCCAAAUGGAUGCUUCCUGGAGUCCUGAUGCUGUCAAGGUGCUUGUGGAUGAGGUCCAGCAAGGCUUUCAUCUCCAGAAAGCUGAGCUUCUUGAGCAAUUUGAUCAUUUGCAAGCCCAAGUGGAAGCUAGCAAAGCCAUGGCAAUCAGCCAGGAGAAGAGAGUCUUGCAGCAAGACAAGGAGGAGCUGAAAGUGGUAAAUGACGCCAAGAAAGAGGCAGAUCAGGCUCUCACAACGUUGCAGGAUGAACGCGCAAGAGAGGCAAAGGCCUUGACUCAAGCCUGCAAGCAGAUUGACCUCAAGGUAGAAAAGGUGUCCACCUUGAAUGCGGACAAGGAGCGUUUGCAGCAGGAGCUGUCUGCCAGCAAGGCCAGAGAAGAGCAGCUUGUAGCCAAUAAACAAGCCCAAGAGAGUCAUGUUGAACGGGUGCAUACAAGUGUGGAAGCGCUGCAAAAGCAGGUGAACACGUUGCAGCGGGAAAAGGCAGAGGCGCAGCGCCAAGGAGAGGACGCUGCAGGUCAAGCACAGGACAAGGACCAGGAGAUCCUUAGGCUUCAGGAGCGAGCGACAAAGCUGAGCGAAGAGCAUCGUCGCAAGUUGAAAGACAUGAACGACAACAUUGAAAGGGAUAUGGACAAUGGCGCCAAGCGUCUGGAGGGUAAGAUGUCGCGCCUGCAAGGUGAACUGAAUGCGCAGAAGGCAGAAUUUGACCAACAGACGCGAGAAUUAGAUGCCAUGCGCGAGGACAUGCUCAACCUCAAGGGUGUGCACGCGGGCAAGGAGCGCCAGAGCAAGCCCGCACAUAAUGCUGAGCUUGGAGCAUUGGACGAUGAGAACAGAUUGCUUCAACAAGCGGUGGGCAGGAAAGAGCCUGCAAUUGCAAAGCUGGAGGUAGCUGCUGCAAACAAGGAGACGCAGCACAAGCACAACUUGACGCUGCAAAUGUCGGGAAAUGAAGGGACACAAGGGAGGCUCGAGGCAGCCCAGCGUCAAAUCAGCUUGAAGUGGAAGCAAAGGAGAAGAUUGUUGCCAUGCAAGCAAAAGAUGAGCGCAACCGUGGGCUGGAUGCGGACAUCAAGAGGCGAGAUGGAGGCCUGGCGUGCAACUGAGCAGCAGCUGCAGCAAUGGGUGUCCAUCAAGGACAAUUGCAUUCAGCAUCUUGAGGGGGAGGCUGCGCAGUCAAACGAGCGUGUCCAACGUCUCGAGGGGAAGGCUAUGCAGUCCAAAGAUUCCAAGACUCAGUGGGAACAGCAAACGGAAGAGGCAGCGCUGCAGAUCAAAGGUCCCCAAGCAGGCUAA